AUUUGAUCAGAAUCUAAACCUAAAGACUAACAAUUUAGAUUUUUUUUUUGAAUUUUAAUUGUUCACUUUGAGAAAAACCUCAAGGUUAUGCAAGAACGGUGGUGGCAGAGCGGAAGCAAGGAGCCAGCUGCUUUGCACAUCAGAGGGCUUGAAAGAGAACGGGCAGAUUGGAAACAAAAACCACAGCAGGGCCUCUUGCUCUCAUAGAUCCUCCAGGCUACUCACACUGUCCUCUCCCACCGGUCUCCUGAUUUCAUUUCAUUUUAAUUAAUUGAUUAUUUAUUUUUGCCUAAGAUGCUGCUAGGGUGAGUAACAAGAUGCAGCCCUGAAGACCUCUAGGGAGGAAGAAGACUCCUUCUGCUUGAGGAGCGUCCCCUUACCUGACAUGUGCUGGGGAUGAAGACACUGCCUGCCAUGCUUGGGACUCCUGGGUUACUGAGGGAAUUCUUCAUCCUCCAUCUGGGCCUCUGGAGCAUCCUUUGUACGGAACCUACUGCGAGGAUCGAUGAAAAGUGUCCAGUGCAACUUCAUAUUAAGAGGAAUUCCGAACGCUCUGCCUCGGCAGGAGAGCUAUUUGAAAUCAAAUGUCCUGUGAAAUACUGUGUUCAUAGACCUAAUGUGACUUGGUGCAAGCACAAUGGAACAAUCUUUGUACCCCUUGAGGUUGGACCUCAGCUAUACACUAGUUGGGAAAAAAAUCAAUCAGUUUUCGUUCUCCAUUUUGAACCAAUACAGCUCAGUGAUGAUGGGUUGUAUAGAUGUUCUACAAACAUCAAUUCUGAAGUUGUUAAUAGCCACACAGUAGCCAUCCAUGUGACAGGAACAAAGACAAGACAGGCCGGCUGUAAGCUGGGAACACUGAAGGUGAGCAAAACACAGACAGAAAGGACGCAAAACUAUUCAGAACACCCACUAAUAAUAUCUGACAUCCCAGAUGCCACCAAUGUCUCAGGACCAUCCACCAUGAAAGAGAGGCCAGGCAGGACCUGGUUGCUUUACACCUUGUUUCCUUUGGGGGCACUGCUUCUGCUCCUUGCCUGUGUCUGCCUGCUCUGCUGUCUGAAAAGGAUCCAAGGGAAAGAAAAGAAGUCUUCUGACUUAGCAGGAAGGGAAACCAACCUGGUUGAUAGUUCCAGGACAAACUCCCAAACACUGCCAUCGGAAACUGGAAUUUAUGAUAAUGAUCCCUGGUCCGGUAUGCAAGAAGAAUCUGAAUUGAAUUUACAAUUGGAGAGAAACAAACAGGGCAUUGUUUAUGCUUCUUUGAACCAUUGUGUUAUUGAAAGAAACCCAAGACAGGCAAGCAAUAUGCAGGAGGCGCCCACAGAAUAUGCAUCCAUUUGUGUGAAAAGUUAAAUCUGCCACUGAUCCAGGCGGUGGGCACUGAAUGAGCGCAUGUCAAUACCUUGCUCUGGACCAUCAGUUUCAAAUAACCUUCAACCUGGGAAUUUUCUAUUAAGAUGCUUUGUGAUGGCGCUGUGUCUUAAAGGUCCACAAAAUAUUUAAUUAAAAUUUCUCCUGAAAACUUUGGGAGAGUUUUGUGCAAGAGCCUUGAACAACAGACUCUUCCCUGGGAAAACUCAUAUUACAAAUAGCAGAAUAAUAGGAUAUUUAAAAUUGACCAUGUCAUACCCAAUGAAUGAAUUCAAUAUUUUCUUUGGAACUACCAGAAAGACUUACAGCAAAGAAAGAAGCAUGUUAUUUGAAUCUGCUCACUACACAUUCUAGAAAAAGAGUGGCCUAAUUUGACUAACUAAUCAUAAAUACAGUAAUGAUUGUAUGUUCUCAGUCAGUUAUGAUAAGAUAAUUUCCCAUGUCAAUCUAUAGAUAAUGCUUUAUUAUUUUUUUUAAUGUGAAGGAAAAUUAUCUUGGACUCAAUUCAGAAAAAGAUUAGAAAGGGUAAUUGGUACAAUACAGACACAGAGUAUGCUAAAUAGAUGUGGUGCCAAUGUUCAUUAUAUCCACCAAUGAGAUGCUAAUCUUCCCCUGCUUGAUUGAGAAAGUAAGGAAAGAAAGUAAAGGAUUCACCCAUGUAUAGUGAGUGUAUUUGUAACCAAAGUGAUAGUGUUUGGAUCAUGUAGAGUAAUGCACAUGAAUAUGAUUCAAUGCUGCUGAAUUAAUAUUCAUAUGGUACAUAUGGGCCUAUGAACAAGAGUCCAUGGGAAUAGACAUUAUCAAUCCAGAUUGAGCUUUUAACCCACCUUUUGCUUUACCUGAGAGCAAACUCAAGGGGCAUUUUAUGAAAGGAGAAUCUUGACUUUUGAGUUGAUCAGUAGGGACUGGCAUACACUUGUUAACGUCUGUUUCUUGAUUCUUCUGAAGUGAAUCAGGAUGAAUCAUAUGUAAUGAAGUAUGACAUAUGGAGAUCAUUCACGUUUAAAUUCUGACACUGCAGCUGCUCAAGAAGAUGAUUAAGAUUAUCAGGUGUUCUGAAUUUCCAGAUUGAGUCUAAUUACUUAAAAAUAGCUUAUAAUUUUAGUCAUCGGCUCGAGGCUUGAGUUCUCAGACUCUGAAAGUGAAUAAUGUCAUAGUCUUACACAGUGGAUUGGGCAUACGUUAGAAGUCGCUGGAGCAAACACAUGAAUUGUGUUGAAUAAGUGAAUGUAGUCUAUGUAAUUGCAUGCAUGUAUGUGGGUGUGCCUGUGCAUGUGCGUGCUAGCAUGCAAAUGCAAGACAUGACUUCUGGAAAUGAGACAAGAGAAACCAGUCCUACUGCUGCUCUAUUUUUAGUUUGCUUAGAAGGUGCAAAGCACUAGAGAAAAUUAGUCAUUUAUAGAAGAUAACUUGUGAACUGGCGAGGAUGGAGGGAGUUGAGAAUGUAUCCACCACACACAGCGAAGAGAAGGCCUUACUACAUAGCUUUUCUCGCCUACCGCUCACCUCAGGUUUCAGUUCCCUGAAUCUGGGACAACAGACAGUGUUUUCAGACACUGUUACAAUUACUUGUAGCUAAGCUUGUUCAGGCAGGUGCAUCUGUGGGAAUUUAUGCAAAAAACCCUUAGAAUAGCUGCUCAGCUUCAAAAUAGAAACAGGAAGUAUGGGAGGGGAUGAGUACCGCACUCUGAACCUCUUAUCAGAUCAACGGGCAACUUAAGCAAUUCUUUCAGAAUUGUCCCCAGUUUUAAAAGCAAAGCAGUUCUGUCUACUCUGCUUUAAACAAUCUUUUAAAAACGUUGUGUGUGCAUGUAUAUUUGGGUAUGCAUGUAUAUGUGUAUAUGGUGUAUGUGUGUGGUGUGUGCACACGUGUGUGCAGGAGCCAGAAGAGAAAGUCAGGCACGCUUUUCUAUUGCUCUCCACUUUAUUCUGGUAAGGGAUGGAGCUAGGCUAGCAGGCGGCAAGCCAGGGAUGGCUCCUCCCACCCCCCACCCCCACACUGCUAGGGCUAUAUUUGCUCAUGCCCAGCUUUUUACAAGGAUGUGGAGAACCCAUGCUCAGGUCCUCAUGCUUAUACAAGCACGCUCACUUGCUAAGCAUGUUCUUAAUAUGAUUUACAAUGAAAGACGCUGCUCAGGAUUCCACCUCAGUGAAUGAUCGAUUCUGUCUGUACCUUGUUUGUCAGUCACACAUCAUUAAUGCUCUUCCUCCUGCUUAAUAAAGAUGUGUAUCGGAUCUCCUCAAAUAAAUUUCUUCCAGUGUUA